AUGGCGAAAUCUAAGAAACGAGACUCGACGGAACUUUGCUGCACUGCUGAGCAGCGGUCAGACUCUCCCCCAUUGCCCAACGCCAGGGUAUCGGAUGUAUCCAAACCUCAGCAACCGCUGCUUCAUGAGUCUCCUCAAGUGGAUGGAUCGAGAUACAACACCACUCGCACAGAAGACAUAGAGCAUGAACUACAAACCAUAUUCGAGGCAGCAGAUGGAGACGCCUUCCCUCCGGAUAUCCGUCGCAGCCGCCACGACGCAAUCAGUACAUCCCAUGAUGCCGACUUCAAGCCAGAGAACUUCGCGGCUCGACUGCGGAAGAGGCUUUCCUUUACCAGCACCAAAUCCGCUCACAGCCAGGGCAAAAGGCGAAAAGCCGGCGCCCGCGGCUCGUCAGGCAAUUCCACUAGCAAUGAACUGCAGACUAUGAAGCAGAAGCUCAGUAAAGAUCUGCUGAGUGAUCAGGCGAGAGCCGAGGGAGGUUACGAUUCUGACGCAGAGGCCAUUGAAGAGGCGACACUCGAGUCCUUCCAACUUUACAGUCCAUCACCCGGCGACGGCUCACCGAUAAGGUCUCGAGCCGAGUCUUUUAGACGGACUGACCUGAGGAGCAUCGAGUGGACUCGGCCUGGACAUGAGCAGGACCAGAGACCUAGUCGAAACCCUACCAUGAAAGCCUUCUUCGAGGACGACGAACUGGGCAACUCCAAGGAGACUAUACUCAAGGUAUCGGAUGUUCGUCGCAUCCCUGAGUCCACUAGUGUUCCGGACAUCGCCUCUGAGAUACGCCAUGUACGUGCUAUCCGACGCUCGCUGUCUGAGCACUCUAUUAGCAUGCCACCUCCGCCGCCGCAGAUUCUGCCGAAGCGUGUUCCAAGCGCCGCCAGCUCUGUCAAUUCUCCUCUUUGGAAGCUCUCCGUACCCGGCAAUGACCAUUCAAUGGAAGACGUGCCGCCGGUUCCACUAAUCACCAGUAGAAAGGACUUAGGUGUCCAGAGCAUCAGCAACGAAGUUGAUGCCGACGAGUGGCCCCUAACCAGCAUGCCGGUCUCGGCUUCAAAGCACACGCAGCCUGUGGCGGACGCGCUGCCCGAUGAGAACCGGCGAUCAAGGCGUGAUGCACUGGAAACGGAGUCCAAUGAGAACGCCGAAUCCGCCUCUGUCAAGUCCAACAAACGAGGUGUUGACAGGAAAACAUCACAGCUCGAUCGGAAGCGCCGCUUAGAUCCGUCAAGGUCGAACGAGCUAGAGACUGAGGUGGAUGAGCCGAAGUCGUGCAACGCAUCUGUGCAUCUCUACAACAUGCGUAUCUCCCAGCAUCUUCGGUCUGCAUCCACGUUAUCCGUCGCGCCGUCCAUCAAGCAGGCUUCGGGAGUUCAGCAUGGGCGCGCUCGCUCAAGCCUAAGCAUCAAGUCAAAAGCAGCACCCGCCUCAAGGCAUCAGCGUCAGUCAAGCUCUGGAUUUGCCAGCACCAAAGUACCUAACGCAUGGGGCAACGUCGUCAGCGAAGCAUCUUCAGUCUACUCAACUAGACCGAACAGUCCCGAAAGUCUGAUGUUGCCGCCAGUACCAUCUGCCUAUACUGUGCCACAGUCAACAUUACGCAACGAGACAAUAGUAGAUAGAUCACAGACAAACACGCCGCUUUCGGGCAGGUCGCCGAGCAAGCCAAGUCCUGCUCCAACGCCAGUGGUCCCACGUAGCCAUCUAAAGACGCUGAACGAAGAAGUCUGGCCUCAUAAUGCUCGUGACUCAAGAAAACAUCCAGAUGGAUCGACGGCAGCCUUCAACAACUCUAGCUCCAGCAGUGUUGGCAAGGAUUCGAGAUUCAGGGAAGAGCUCACCCCUUCGCCGCCGACAAAGAAGGCCAAGUCCAAGAACCGCAAGGGCUUUGGGCUGUUUCACCACAAAAGCAAGAAAGGCAUGCGGGCACUAUCGAUGUUUGAUGGCUCGACGUACGACGAAGCUCCCAUUGAAGAACGCAAGCCUACCCGGCUCCAACGCUCCAUGGUCUUCCAUGGCGAUGUCGAUCAAGCGGGUGCGCUAUGGGAGAGAGCUAGGAAAGCAUACCAAAAGGAAAAAUCAGCCAUGUACCUCUCGCCGGAAAAUGCGCAGUCAGCUGGUCUGUUCAGGGAAAGGAGUGCUAGCGUUGCGAUCCCAAGUCCUAGGAGGCCGUCCAGCAUGGUCGACCCAACGGAGAGAGAGGGACGGCCGAGUCUUGCCGACACCAGACAGAUUCGUUCCAUGUCUUACAUUAAACGCGGAGAUUUCCUGGUACCGCCUGAACUCGCUGGAGGGAAGUCCACAGGCCCAUCACUUACAGCAAAAUCAUCGGUUGCCUCUUACGCCUCGGUCGCGUCCUUUCACUCGAUCGCAAGCUCUCGCAAAGAGGAAAGCGUAGACGACUCGACUGCCGAAAUCAGCGCCUGGUCUCGCUAUCCCAGUCAUACUCGACCGCAACGUACAGGCAGCGCAGGAGCAGCUGAUAACGUCAUUGCGCGAGACUUUGCUGCCGUGUUUGCUCCUGGUGGCGACUCCACGGGCUCGGACAGCGAGAACACAAUCAAGCGCAAGGCGGCUCAGAAAAAGAAGGCCAAAACUGGCAUGGUCAAGAGCAAAAGCAUGACGUUCGGCAAGAACUUUCUGAAAAACUACGCCAGUAUCUUCAGGAGCCAGAGCAGAGAAUUUAGGCGGUACGGAAGCGGCCACAGGACGAGCAUCGCCACGGGCGGGAAACUUGAAUAUCCGGAGUUGGAGCUGCUGGCGCCCGUUAUGUUCAGUAGCAUCCCAGAGGUGGCUGUUGUCAACACGGAGGCAGAAGGCAAGAAAGCCAAGAAGCACACAGCUGCGAAGGCAGAGAGCCGAGAUAAUGAAGACUUGAAGAAGUGGACGCCUAAGCCAGCCCUCAAACAAGAGUCUAACGGCGGCAAGUGGGAGUUUGCGUUCAGCAAUGCCGGCCCAUCAAAAUCACGUACAUUGUCCAACGCUCACGAUGAGGGAGUCGAUCCAACUGCUACAUCUUUCGAGCCGCUCAUGUCCGGGGCACUGCCAAGUCGUAUUGAUGGUUCGGCGGAACGCGAUCAUGCUAUGCCUGCUGCACUCCGCUGGUCGAAGUACUAUGGGAGCUGCGUGCACCUGCCUGGCACCUCCGAAAGUAACAAUGCCCUCCUGAGUGACAAGCCAUUAAAUCAGCACAGAGCAGCCUCGCGCGACGACACUAUCAGUUCGCCAACUCGUCAGUCGUCGCCUCUUCAUUAUAACAACAGGAAGUCCGCAUCCUACAUCUACUCGGAGACGAGUUCAAAGAGCCUGCCGGGCCGCAUGCGGCACUUGCACGACAAGAACAUGAGCGUAACGAGUGUGGUUAGUAUGACCAGAGCGAGCACGAACGACCUGCUUGCGUUGAUGCAGGAGAGGGAAAGAUUGGAGAGGGAGAAGUUGAUGAGGGGAGCUGAAGAUGACUGGGCCGUGUAG